UCGCGUUCUCGCGCUGUAGUGAAAACACUGGUAUAUAACGCUGAUGAAACUGGCCUAUAUUUUCGUGCGUUGCCUGAACACACCUACAUGUUUCAGAAGGAAAGUACGCAAGGGUGUAAAACCUCCAAGGAACGCCUAACUAUGCUAUGUUGCGCUAGUAUGACCGGCACUAAAGAAAAACUUUUAGUGAUUGGAAAAAGUAAGAAGCCCCGCUGUUUCAAAGGUGUGAAAAAUCUGCCCGUCGAUUAUUUUGCCAACAAAAGGGCGUGGAUGACUACCACCAUCUUUAACGAAUGGCUGUUGAAAUGGGACAAGCGACUAAAACGGAACAUACAUGAUGUAACUGUUUCAUUAAAGAAGAUAAAUAUCAUGUUCUUACCACCAAACACCACUUCUUUAAUUCAACCGUGUGACCAGGGAAUUAUCUGCACCUUGAAGGCAUAUUACAGAAAGGAAAUGCGUUCAAGGAUCUUAGAAAAUAUGGAAGACCAAGACGCUGAAGAUCUUAAUGCGAACGCUCUAGCCAAAAAAACAAAUGUUUUGGAUGCCAUACAUUUGCUAACAACGUCAUGGAAUAAUGUCUCGGAAAAAACAAUUCGAAAUUGUUUUAGUCAUGGAGGAUUUUGUCAACCAGAGGACAACAAUGCUGCUGUAAUGAAAGAAAUGGAAGACAAUUUCAAUCCCCCGCCCGAUAUGAAUGCUGAGGAGUUUGAAGCAUGGAUGGAGAUCGACAAGAAGGUUGAGACUUCUACUUCGUUAACUGAUGAGGACAUUUGCGAAGCCGUAUGUGUCAAAGAUCCAGCUUCGUCACAAGAUUCUGGUGCCGAUGAUGAACCCGAAAGUGCUAUCGAGGACAAAAUUCCGACGCCUGCUCAGAUGAGGGAGGCACUUCGAGUCUUACGGCUAGGUGUGCAAAACAAAGCUGACGCGGAACACUUUCAUAAACAUUAUGAUUAUGAGCGAUUCGUAAAUGACUUGCUUCAUAAGAAUGCUAAACAAUCGACAAUUGAUGAUUUCUUUUUCAGUUAAUAAUUAACCUUUUGUAUUGUUUUCUGCAGUUCAUCAUUAAAUAUGUUAGUAUACUAAUUCUUUUUCUUUAGUGUACAUUAAUUUCUAUUAAAUACUUUAGAGUCUUACAGCAACAACUCCUUAUUUAAAAUAAUUUUUAUUUUAAUACGUAUGUAAAAAAAUCAUUUUUUAGCUUAAAUUUUGUUUGUUUAUUGUAUUCAAUUGGUUAUUGUUAUCAAAUCAUGUUCGUCACGAUGUGAUCACAUUAAGCGGCGUCUACUGUAUUAGUUUAGUUUGAGAGAAACAGGAAUUUUUUGAGUGGUGGAUUAUGAUUUUAAAAUCUUUUUUUUUUUUUUGUGGAGGUUGAAUACAUUUUGAAUUUUCCCCUUAACGGAGAGAAGUUUAUUCUCUGCCUUAAAUAAAUUAAAAAGUCGAAGUCGCUCAAAAAAAUUUGAUAAAUAUUUAUAUAAAAUUCACUUAAGUUUUUUUU